AUGCCUCGGCUGGGGUUCGGUGUCUACGCGUCUGCGAAGUCUAUCUGCAAGAGAAGCGUGACAUGUGCCCUGCAUGCCGGCUACAGGCACAUCGAUUCCGCGAUGUACUAUGAAAACGAGAAGGAAGUCGGGUUAGCGAUUCAAGCUUCGGUUAUACCACGCCACGACGUUUUCGUGACGACGAAGAUAUUGGCGCCACCACCUGAUGAUCCUACCGGUGGAAAGCUUUGGGCAAUGCUGAACGAAGCUGUAGACCGCUUCGAUUAUGUGGACCUGUUCCUCAUCCAUACGCCGACAAGUGGCCCAGAAGGACGAAUCAAACUGUGGAAAGCGCUGGAGAAGUUGAAGCAGAGUGGCAGGGCGAGAAGCAUCGGCGUAUCUAAUUUCGGUAUCAACCACCUCCAAGAGCUUGCAGCAUCGUCAUCGACGAGGCCUGCUGUCAAUCAGAUUGAGUUGCAUCCCUGGUGUCAGCAGAGAGAUAUAGUCAAUUAUUGCCAGAAUCAUGGAAUCACAGUCCAGGCAUAUUGUCCGCUUGUCCGAGGACAAAAGUUCGAAGAUCCUACGCUUAAUCAGCUGGUGUAUGUGCACCUCAAAGACCCCGCACAAAUUCUUCUUCGAUGGAGUCUGCAAAAAGGAUUCGUUCCGCUACCAAAAUCGGAUACACCAUCUCGGAUAGAGGCAAACGCGGCCUUGUAUGACUUCGAGCUAUCGGCCGAGCAGAUGGCUUUACUGGACAGUCUGGACCGGGGAGCAAAAGGCGCCAUAGAUAUCAACCCGGUCAACUGUCCAUAG